CAUCGUGACCGGGGAUUUCUGCCAACUGUCGCCGGUUAAACCGUUCAGGUCCUGUAUAUUGAAUGCGGAUCAGAGCUUGUCGGGAACCACAAAUGGAUGCCCACGGAAUAUGAAUGCCACAACCGCAGGUGCUCGCAACUGACAUUCUAUGAUAUUGAUAAAUGGGCUUUUAGGAGUCAGGCAUGGAAGGACUGCGACUUCGAGCACGUACAACUAACCAAGAUCCACCGGCAAAGCGAUGAAAAAUUCAUCAGUAUUCUCCAGCAAAUACGCAUCGGUAUGUAUGCUCUCGUUCUGAAGCAUAGGUACUCCGACAGAAGGCACUCCCGCAGCCCUCCAGUCACCAUUCGUGGCUCACUAAUCUAAGCAUGUUUUUUCAGUUAGUAGCAAAAUCUUGCAAUUGAAAUCUUCUCAAAACGCAACGCUGUCGAUAGGCUUAAUAACGAGAAGAUCGCUGCACUCCCUUCCCAGCCUCUUUACUACAAAUGCAAGGACUU